GAAAGAGGAAGAAGAAAUGAAAAAGAAAUGUGAAGAGGCAGAACAAAUGAAGCAGUGUGAAGCGCUAAAGAAAGAAAAAGACGGUGAGGAAGGAGGAGAGGAAGAGAAGAACCAGCAGGGAGAGGAAGAGAAGAACCAGCAGGAAGAUGAACCGUUAGAAAAAAGUGAAGAGGCUGACGAUACGGAAACUGAUGAGAUGAUCCGCGAAUACGAAGAACUAAGCACCAAGCUUGAAGAAAAAUGUAUGGGAGAAACGAGUCCAGAUAAAAAUGAAGUUCACAAGAUGCUUUGCGAAUACGAAGGCCUUAUUUCCAAACUUGCAGAAAAAUGUCAGAAGUUGUUAAACGACGAUAAGAAUUCUCCUAAAGACUAAAAAAAAGGAACUCUGAAAACUACAAGUCAGAACAUAUUAAGCUAAUUGGAAAUAAGGUAAUAUUGUAUCCCUGGUACCCUUAAAGUGAACGCUGCAGAAGGAUACUGACGACCCCAAGAAAACCUCACAGGUGUCACUUUAGGACUUGAAAGUGCCACUUCAUGGGGCAUAAUGACACGCAUUGCUCAGAGGACGACGGCGGUAGGAAACACUGUUCGUCAUCCGGUUGGAGCAGCUGUUGGCCAGUUUCCUUCAAGAGAGAUAUCUAUGGUAUAAUAGGGGAAACGGCUACACCAACUAGGCGAUCGAUCCCUCGAUCGUUGCCGUGGUCUAAGCCAUCUUAGACGUUUUAUAUCCAAUAUUGUCAACGUCAUCCAUUGCCCUAGUACAUGUAAAGUGAAUGAGGUGAGGGACUUCCAGGCCAUCAGCAUCCCAGCAUCAUAGCCUCCAUGGCCUUCCUGUUGAACCUGAAUCUGUUACAGUAGAUUUUUAAACCUCAGUCAGUCAUGAGUUAUCUAUCAUUUCGUUGAAUAAUAAAAUAAAACCGCAGCUGCCUGCCCCACGUUAACUAGGCCUUUGUUUUAUUUAGUAACCAUCAAAAUUCAUUGGCAAUCGCAGCGCCCGAAGCCGAAGUCCUUGGCAUGUUUCGCAGAUGCGUCGCCUCGCAGGUGCAGCGGCUGUUGGUCGGUCUCCAACUUAGUCCAUCAAUCCCGCCGGCGAACUCAGUCUGGCAGAGAAACAACGGCGGGCCAUCGUUCUUGGCUGGAGUCAUCGGAAGUCCACAAACUCUCGCCGCCCUACACUUUGAUCCUCCGAUGGCCAGCGAUAUCCUGAACAGAGAUCUGACCAGGACAGGUGCCGCCACUCGGGCCAGGCAGGUGUUUCGCCAGCGUGUAUCCCUUGUGGCGCCGAGUCGCGGAAUUCGGAUCAGAGCAUCUAGUCGGCCCCACGAAAUCUGCCAGGAAAAUCGAAAGAGGCGACUCUACCACAAAGAUACGAACAAGGGCAACCAGGAUGUGUCAGUGCCGAAAAAUAGCAAGCGACACCUACAACAGAACAGCAGGCAAAGCUUACUGGAGUUUAUUCAAGAUGGCGACAGCAUCCCUGGCCGCUUAGGAACAAAACAAACUAAUACCAAAAUUCUGGUAAAAAUAAAAAGGAAGACGCCCCUAAAAGCACGAACAAGACAAGCCCCGAAAAAAAAUCCAUCAAUUUCCAAUUCUGAGAAAGUUGAAGAAUCCUUCUACAGCCUGAAGCCUAGAAAUACAAUCAACCAUUGGAUCACCAUUAUCUAUGAGAAAUCGAAACGGGUAAAAGAAGAGUUACGCGAGGGAAAAUGUGCGGACUUGGAAUGGAUAAAGUCGGCAGAAGACGACGAAAAAAUAAUGCACUACAAAAACCACUACGUGACACAACUUGAGAAAAAGACAAGGGGGCUGAGAUCGAGGUUAGUUAAAGAUAAACAGAAACAAUUCACGCCCAUAGCUUCAACAUUUAGUCAUCAAAAUUAUUCUAAAGAUUCAAAGUCAAUUAGAGAAGUAAAAGGGAUUAUUGGAUUAAGUAACGAAGUUCCAGAUCCUUUAUAUUUCAGCCGGACUGAGGGGACAACUGAAUUUGUAGAAACAAGAUCAACAUAUCCGUCUUCUUCCCGAAAAGCUCCACCAAGACUUACCCAGUGUUCCAAAGGCUUAACGCCAAAGACAGAAUCAAAGCAUGUCAAGCUGAAAGAUGCUGAGAGAGCAUGUCCAGAGCCAAGUCCUUCAUACAACAACAUCAGAGCCCGUGAGGAAAGUCUCUUGAGUUGUAUCAGAAGGGAAACCAUUGAUCGCUGGCGAGCGCACAGACUGGUGCGGCCCUUUGAACCCAUGCCCUAUCAGGUUACCAAUCGUAAGCAAAGGCAUACGGAGGAAAAGAGUCCACCAAAAAUUGUAAACCUAGUUAGAGACGAGCAGCCUUAUCCGUUCAAUAAGCGCAAGCAAAAGGAUACGAAGGAAAAGAGUCCACCACUAAUGUUAAACCUAGUAAGCAAAGAUCAUUUCAACUCUAACGCGAUGCUUGGGGAAGUUAAGAGCAUACUAAUACCAAGUCUCAACUCUCCCAAUUCCAAAUUUUCAGACAUGCAGAUAAUAUAUCCAAAAGCUACUUUACAAGACAGCAACUAUACCGAUCAUGCGGCAAUCUUCAACCAGCUGAAAAACGACAUCCACAAGCGUCUUUGGGAACUGUCUGAUAAUGGAUCCUUGAAGCAAGACUGUCUUAAUCAGUCAAAGGAUAAAGACGAAUGGAAAUUUCGCGAAGCCGAAAUGAUAUCCAAGUGUUUAUUUUUGAUGCAAAACAAAAUGAAAAAUGAAGCCGGAAAAGGGAUAGACUACCAAGAACACGAUAAGAAUGUCGGUGAAAUUGCCGAAGCGUUCUUUAAAAUAUAUAAGCAGGACCUAGAGCAGCUUGCAAAUACGAAGAAAAAUACGUGCAAGUCAAGUUCUAGAAAUGAAUCAGGAGGCAAUUCAGCAGGAAUCAAUAAAUCAGAAUAUCCAGAAAAAGCUAAGAAAAGUAAGAAAUUAAGGCGAAAGACUGAUGGAGGAAUGUUCAAUGGCGGACUCAGUAAAUUGAGCAACCACGAACUACUCUUAAUCGCGAAGCAGAUCGACGGCAUCGUGCUUCAGUGUCAGCAUAUCAAAAAGGAGAUAAAUAAAAAUACUGCCAAAGAAAAGCUAAAGGAAGAAUGCGUUGACAAUGAUAUUAAAAGCGAUGAGGAACUAAAUGAGUCGAUAGAAGAAAGUGACUAUAAUGAAGACCCAUCAGAAGAAAGUGCAGAACAACUAGAAAACAAACAUGAACUUGAAAAGAAAUGCUCAGAAAAAGAAUUAAGAAAAAGAUGUGCGAUUCAGGAGAUUGUAAAACUUAUUCAGCAGGCGAAAACUUCAGAAAUGAAGUUAAGGCAGAAAUUGAAAGAAAUGAUCCAAAAUGAGAAAUGUGCUGAGAAAAAGGAAUUUGAAGAAAAUGACCUUUGGGAGGAAUAUGAAGAAAUGGACCAAAAGGAGAAAUGUGAAGAAAUGGAUCAAAAGGAGAAAUGUACAGAAAUGGAGCAAAUGGAGAAAUGUGAAGAAAUUGAGCAAAGGGAGAAAUGUGAAGAAAUGGAGCAAAGGGAGAAAUGUGAAGAAAUGGAUCAAAGAGAGAAAUGUGAAGAACUUGAGCAAAGGGAGAAAUGUGAAGAAAUAGAGGAAAGGGAUAUAUGUGAAGAAAUGGAUCAAAGGGAGAAAUGUGAAGAAAUAGAGCAAAGGGAGAAAUGUGAAGAACUUGCAAAGGAGAAAUGUGAAGAAAUGGAGCAAAGGGAGAAAUGUGAAGAAAUGGAGCAAAGGGAGAAGUGUGAGGAAAUAGAGCAAAGGGAGAAAUGUGAAGAAAUGCAGCAAAGGAAGAAAUGUGAAGAAAUUGCACAAAGAGAGAAAUGUGCAGAAAUGGCCCUAAGGGAAGAGUGUGAAGAAAUGGAAAUACGGAACAAAUGUUUUGAGAACGAUGAGAAAAAUGAAUGUGCAGAAAUGGAGCUAAGGAAGAAAUGUGCCAAGAACGAUAAGAAAACAAAAGAGAAAUCUGAAACAGAUGAUGAAGAUGAGCCAACCAAAAGCGAAUAUGAAGAAUUAAGAAAAAAAUUGCUGCAGCUUCUUAAAGAAAUAUGCGAAGAAGAAGAGCUGAAGGCAGAAGAAAAUAAAGAAAAUGAUGGACUAAGGAAAAUGGGAUAGACAAGUGCGUGGCUAUAGAAUUGCUCAAGAAAUUUAGAUUUCCUGACAUAAAGAAUUGGUAUGGGACGAUUGAUCGGCAGAAGAGAUGUGCUGACGAGCAACUCAAGAGACUCCGAAGGAUAAUGGGUCUGGGCCAGUGUGAAGAAGAAGAUUUAAAUAAAUCGACUUGGGCGGAGAGCCUUACCGUACUCAGGAAGCCUCAAGAUGCAGGAAUAGAGACAACUAUGGAAGGGGAGCGGCUGUUCCCCGGCUUUAAAGGGAUCUUUCGCCUACCAUCAUUCGCGAACGGAUGUUCUCAGGAUACUCUCUGUGAUCCAAUCCCUGCAGUUUGCCCCAAACUGAACGGACGGGAUGACAGAGAGAUAUCCUUUGACCAUCGACAAUCACUUAUAUAUACAGGAAGACCUUUUGCAAAGAGCCCCAUCCCAGGACGAUUUCUUCAGAGCAACAACAAGCGGUGCCCCGACCUAAGUCCAUUGACAAUCAACGAAUAUCUGCGGUUUUACUGGUUGCGUCAAAUAUUGCCUGCAAAUCUGUUAAUCUGUGGAGGAAACUACAACGAAUCCGAUACCAUUCUCUAAGGACUAGAAGAAAUAGCAAAAAAUAGUCAAAGAAAUUUAGCCAGCAAACAGUUGAAAAAUGCCAGGAGAUCCGAAAUAUGCACCAUUGUGAUACAAGACCAAUACUAUUUCAUAAUCGAAAUUAAUAUUUUUAGUAGAAUAAAGCAAUAAACUAGUUAAA